GUUGGUGAUAGUGAAAAAAAGUUGCAGUGAAAAGAGAGGUGUCUCUGAAGCUGAAGGGUAUAUUUCUUUUUUCUUGCUUUCCUUUUUUCAAGGGUUGCUUUAAGGAGAGACUUUAAAAGAGUGAAGAGUGCAGCAGAUACUAUGAAAAAAGCAUAACUAAAUAUCACACACACACACACACAGAGAGGUAUGUGUUGUAUAGUAUUCUAUUAUGGUGCUGCCUCAAUCUUUGAAUUUGAACUGGGUGAUGUAGAGAUUCUUUAGUAAAUUGCUCCUCCUCUCUCUACCAUCUUAGUUUAUGAUCACAAAGUUUAAUUUUUUUUCUUGGGAUUUUCAAGAUCCCAUCCUCCCUUUUUCCUUUGUUCUUUAAAUUUCUUUUAUGUUAGUUUUAAGAAAAAGUGAUUCCCAUAAAUAUAUUAUAACUUCAUUCAUAUAAAAUAUAUAUGGAGUCCUCAAAAUUUCAUCAACAACAUCAAGAUCAUCAACCUGUACUGGACUCUUCUUGCUAUGGACUCUCAUGGUCCCAAAAUUCCAUCUUGUACAAUACGAACAACAACGAUACAAACUCAAGAGAUCCGAAGCAACAUGUAGUCAGUAACAUCGAUUUUGUGAACACUGGCAAUCCUAUGUUGGGAUUAACCCAGAAUACCUACGAGGACAACAACGAUAACAACAACAACAAUGUAGCAAGAAACCCUGCUGAGAACUUCAUGACACACGAAUUGCAACGUCUUGCAAGAAUGAAAGAUCAUGAAAUCUCAAGCCCAGAAUCAUAUCCUAAGUUUUCAGAAAUGAUAAAUAGUAGCCCAACUUCGAGUAUCGAAGAUUUGCACUUAAACCCUUCUCCUGGAUACAAUAACAAUCAAGAACUGUUGCUAACAACAUUCUCUAACGGGUGUCAAAUAAAAGGCGGCCAGCUUAUCGAUCGAUUCCCCAAUGAUACGUCAAACAAUCACUACCAAAAUAGUUCGAGUCAAACAUCAUCUAGAGGGACGUUUAGCCAGAUAUUUCCAACCAUAAAUAUAUCAAAUUUGAAUCAAUCUCCAGUAGCGAUUUCUUCGAACUCCUUUGAUAUGAACUUGCCAGCUUUGGAUCUGUUUGGUUCACCAAGAUUUAAUGGGAAUUUCAGCCAUCCUUCUUCAUUUAACAUUCCUAAUCAUCAUCAACUUGGAAGCUUUUUCAAAGACACUUGUUUGUCAUAUGGCCUUGAUCAGAUGCAUCAACCAAAUCACACACCAGUGAUUUGCCAUAGUAAACUAUCAUCCCCUAGAACAAACUGUACGGAAGCGAAAAGACCCGCCACAAGCUACAUGGACAACACAAAGGCUCCUCAAGCCGCGGUACAAAAGAAAACCAAACUGGAGCCCCGUUCGUCUUGCGCACCUUUUAAGGUUAGAAAGGAGAAAUUAGGAGACAGAAUUGCAGCACUUCAGCAGUUGGUGGCUCCUUUUGGCAAGACAGAUACAGCAUCAGUGCUAAUGGAAGCUAUUGGAUAUAUCAAAUUCUUACAAAACCAAGUAGAGACGUUAAGCGUGCCAUACAUGAAGCCAGCGCACAAGAAUAGCAUGGUCCCGACACGAGGGGUUUCAGUAGAGGGUGGAAACGAAGACGCAAAAAGAGAUCUUAGAAGUCGAGGGCUGUGCCUUAUACCGUUGUCAUGUUUGUCAUAUGUUACUGAUGGCGGUGGAGGCGUUUGGCCAGCCCCAUGAUCACUUUCAAGUUAGUGUCGCUCAUGACGUCCACUUUUUCAAGUGAUAUGAAGUAUAAUGUAACGAUAUGAAAUUAACUAGCUAGGGUGCAAUGAAGCAUACGUGUGGCUAGAUCUUAAGAAGCAUAGUUAAUUGGAUGAAUUGAGAAGGUUAAGAGUUUAUUAUAUGUUUUUAUGUAAAAAUGGAGCAAAUCUGGUCAUCUUUUAUAAGAACAUAUUAGGAUGGACCAUGUUUGAUCCAUUGAUUAGUAAUUGAACAUGUUACUUUUGUCUUGUGUUUAAA